AUGCCUCUCAAGGUCUUCCUCUGGACCUCGGAAGCUAAUCUCUACCAAAUCGCCUGUUGCAAGCCUCAUCCAACCCCAACUCCCCUGAUUCUGAAUUGGGCACCAAUCGUAGCCAACUGCCUUGAUAACAAAUUCGUUGUUCGCAAUAUCCUUGAGAAUUGCCUCGUCUGCAACAAGUACAAAGUUGAAGCAGGUCCCUACCAUGUUCUUCUCACUUUGGGCCUGCUCUGCUUCCUCCAGGCAGAACUUUCGUAUGCCGGCGAUAUCAAGACCAGUAAGAAGAUUUGGGUCCUCUCGAGGAAAGAGACGAAAAAUCUUUUUCAUGAUCUCUAUCUUAUCCAGAUAAGCGUCCACAUCAUUAUGAGGAGGAAAGCUCCAUCGCUUAUCAUCCUCGCGGACUUCGUCUCUUGCGUGAUAGCCAAGAGCAAGGCGGGUCUGUUGCGUCAAGACUUGAAGAAGCGUAUUCCAGUGCUCGUCUGA